CGAAAAAUUUUUGUAUUGAUAGCGGGUGGUAAAUAAAAACUUCCGAAUUGCCAUCAAAAAACGCAGGAUUUUCCGACAAAAACUGAUCAAGUUUUUACGUGUUAACGAGGUGCUGUAAGAAUCGCCGCCCGGCAGAAAAAAAAAAGAUGAAAGUUUUUCUGCUAUUUUUGCUCGUGAGAUUGGCUUCGGUGUUUGUGGUUCAGACGAGUUUUGUGCCCGACGAGUAUUGGCAAUCGCUGGAAGUUGGUCAUAAAUUGGUUUUCGGACAAGGAAUCUUAACAUGGGAAUGGAUGAAAGGCGUUCGCUCAUAUUUGUAUCCCCUAUUCGUCGCUGGCAUCUACAAAGCCCUCGCCUUCCUCCAAUUGGAUCAAGUUGAGCUGCUAAUCUUGCUGCCUCGCGUUGCUCAAGCAGUUCUUUCGGCCUUUGCUGACUUCCGUUUCUACCAUUGGACCGGAAAAAGUAAAUGGGGCGGAUUUAUUCUGCUUACUUCGUGGUUUUGGUUCUACACGGCAUCCCGUACUUUGACAAAUACGCUCGAAACUGCCUUGACGACGAUCGCUUUGAGCUAUUUCCCAUGGAGAUAUGGCGAUGAAUGUUGCUCCUUUUUGUGGUUUGUCUUCACAGCAGCGUUUGUCAGACCAACAGCGCUUAUUCCGUGGAUCCCGUUGUGCUUGCAUCACAUUAAAAAGUCCAAAUAUUCGGCAUUUGAGUUGCUCUUCAAGCGAUAUUUGCCGAUUGGAGUCGUUGUUGGAGGAGCUUUGGUUGCUUUGGACAGUUUUUAUUACGACAAAUUGAUUUUCACGCCGUACGAAUUCUUCAAAGUGAACGUUGUCGAGGGCAUUGGAGAGUUUUACGGGCGUCAUCCGUGGUAUUGGUACUUGAAUGUUGGGCUGCCAACCGUAAUGGGCAUCACUUUUGUGCCGUUUGUGUUUUCGGCGGUUCAAACGUUGCGCAAUUACGAAGUUUUCGAGAAGCGUUUGGUACUUUUGACCUCAGUUGCUGUCACUUUGACCGUUUAUUCCGUGUUGCCGCACAAAGAAUUCCGAUUUCUGUUGCAAAUUCUCCCAAUUUGCUUGUACAUCGCAAGUGACUUCCUCUCGCGAUGGAGUCGAAAGGCUUCUACGCCGCUUUUGUAUGUCGUUGCCAUCACGUUACUCGUUGGAAAUUUAGUUCCUGCUGGAUAUUUGUCGACAGUGCAUCAACGAGGCACUUUAGACGUCAUGCCGGUGCUUCGUCGUCUCUCGAGCGAAUACAAAGAACAAACGGGAUCCAAUGCGAAAAUUCUUUUCCUCAUGCCGUGUCACUCGACACCCGGUUACAGUCAUUUGCAUGGCAACGCGACGCUUCGUUUCCUCAAAUGCGAGCCAAAUUUCGACCAUGUGCAGAAUUAUCAAGACGAAGCCGAGCAAUUUUACAAAGACCCUUCGAAAUGGAUUCGUUCGCAUAUUCCCGUGCAUCCGCCAUCCGCUUUGCCGACGCAUGUCGUGAUGUUUGACGUACUUGCGCCUCGCAUUUCGGACUUUUUGUCGACAUAUCAAGCCGCUGAAACGGUCUUCCAUGCGGAUUAUGUCUCGGGCGACAAUCGCGUUGGCAAAAAUGUUGUCGUUUAUGAGAGAUUUGAUCCGACUGGCGGCGCGAAAACGAAGAAAACAGGCACUCAGGAUCAAGAAUCAGUACAAAGCGAUCAGUAAAAAAACGAUGAAACCACCUAAAAACCUCAAUUUUCAACACAAAUGACGACGAUUGCUAACGAUCACUACCUAAAACUACCUUUAGUGUUAAGUUAAAAAAGAAUUUUGUUUGAUUUUUCUUUAAUUUCCUCCCUUUUUUGUAUCUACAAAAUAAAAAUAAAGUAGAUAAGCACUAACGAUAGAUGAGUUCAAGUUAUGCAAUUUAUGCAAAAUUAUUAAAAUCUUUAUUUUUAAAAAUUUAAAAAUAUUCGAAAUUUGAAUUUAAAAAAAAUAAACUAAAAACUUCUAAAAAAAUUAUAUUUUAAUUGCAAAAAUAAUUUUAAAAAUUUUUAUUGU